AUGGAGGAUCAUAGUUUCAUUGUCGGUCAGGAGUUUCCUGAUGUAAAGACAUUCCGUAGUGCAAUUAAAGAAGCUGCAAUUGCACAGCACUUUGAGCUUCGCAUUGUUAAAAGUGAUCUGAUCCGGUAUAUCGCAAAAUGUGCCGCAGAAGGUUGUCCAUGGCACAUACGAGCUGUGAAGCUUCCUAAUGCCCCAACUUUUGCUAUAAGAAGCCUCGAAGGAACACAUACUUGUGGGAAAAAUGCUCAUAACGGGCAUCAUCAGGCUUCUGUGGACUGGAUUGUUAAUUUCAUAGAGGAACGGCUGCGUGAUAACAUAAACUACAAGCCAAAAGAUAUUUUGCAUGACGUAUAUAAACAAUAUGGGAUAACUAUACCAUACAAGCAGGCAUGGCGAGCCAAGGAACGGGGGCUUCAAUCCAUAUAUGGUUCUUCUGAAGAAGGAUACUGCCUCCUCCCUGCAUACUUAUUUGAGGAAAGGCGUGCAAAGUGUAAGUCGUGGUUUUCCAUGCUUGCUCCGUCUUCUGAGAAGCAUAUUAUUGAGGCAACGAACCGUGCUUCUAAGUAUCAAGUCCUUCGAUCAGAUGAAGUAGAGUUUGAGGUUCUAUCAACAGAGCGAUCAGACAUUGUAAACAUCGGAACCCGUUCUUGUUCUUGCCGAGAUUGGCAGCUGUAUGGAAUACCAUGUUCACAUGCUGUUGCAGCCCUCGUUUAUUCUAAAAAGGAUGUUUAUGCCUUCACUGAAAGGUAUUUUACCCUGGCUAGUUAUUGUGAAACGUAUGCAGAAGAGAUACGACCCAUCCCUGGCAAAAUUGAAUGGAAGAAGGAAGGUGAAACCACCAUGGAUGAUGAAAUACGGAUCGUACGGCCUCCCAAGGUUCGUCGUCCUCCUGGGCGUCCCGAGAAAAAGCGAAUGUGCGUGGAGGAUCUUCACCGUGAGAAGCAUACAGUCCACUGUAGUCGAUGCAAUCAGACAGGACACUACAAGUCAACUUGCAAAGUUGAUGCCUUGGAGGGAAUAGACUGA